GAUACGGUAAAAUGAUUGCCCAAAUUAUCCGGCAAAAAAUUAAUGAGUUUAAGGUGGAGAUUGCUAAGUUAGGUGAGAAAAUAAAUACAAAGUUGGCUCGGUUAGAAAAUGGCGAAGUUACUAGUGAUACGGAAGUGAGAGGUAUUGAAGAAGAAAUUAGCGAAGAAGUUAGUCAAGAAGUGGCUAAUGUGGAAGUGAAUAAUCUACUGAUUCAAGCCCAAAACUUAUUAAAUGGUGCAGCUGAUAAGUUAAAAAGUCAAUUAAAAGAGAAGAAUGAAGUAGAACAAGCCCUUAGAAAAUUAGAAAUUGGUUCUCAAAAUACUAAUCAACCAACUAAAUCAGGUUUUUCCCGUCCUGAAGUAAUUAUUCCGGUUUGUUUAGGUCUUUUUAUGAUAGUAGUAGUUGCUGCUCUAAUAAUUAGAAAUAAGAAAGUUAGCCGAGGCAAAAAAUAG